GGAGUAACUUGUGAAGAUUUUCGCAAAGUUUUGGCCCGAUAUUGGGCCAUUUUUCUCUUGUAUGCACGGAAAUGGCUCGAAGAAGCAAAAGAAAUACUGUAGUAGACGACACUAUACCUUUGAUGUGCAUUUUUGAAGGAAUCGAUAAAAAAGAAUAUGUUGAUUAUAUCAUUAAAGUUCAGCGAGGAGCAAAUCCAGAGGACAACUGGCAGGUUUUGCAUCGAUACAGUGACUUUGCAACAUUACAAGCAACAUUGGAGCCCUCAGGCAUUGAGCUUCCUCUUCCACCCAAGAAAGUCUUUGGUAAUAUGGAUAGUACAUUUAUAGCAGAGAGACAACAAGGACUACAGAGCUAUAUUCAUUUCAUCAUGGCACAUCCACUUCUUGCAAGACACAUAUCAGUUAAAAAGUUCUUGGAUCCUGUUAAUUACUCUGAAGAUUUCCAAGAGAAAUCAAUGCAGCACGUAGCAAUGUUUCUACGGUCGGUGCCGAAUUGGGAAAUUGUUGAGCCAYUGCCUGAUAUUGGGUGGAGACUAAGAAAAGACUAUUUUCUGAUUAAACCAACGGAUUCCACUAAAAAAGAUGUGAGAAGCAUCUUGUCUUGGACUGAGUUUGGUUCAGACUUUUGUAUUGAAGAGAAAGACAUGGAAACUCUUAUUAAAGUCUUCCCUAAUAUACAGCAUCCUUAUAUCUAUCCAACUGGUUUUACUACAUCAACUGAACAUGGCAUCAUUACMGUUAGGAAUUUCCUGCCUGAAGGAACAUUGAGAGACAUCCUUUGUAAGGCAAAACCCAAGGURAACCAAUUGAAGAAAUAUGGAACUCCUAAAACUAGAGUACAACUUGCUGUUCCACAGAUACAAAUAUAUGGAAAACAAAUACUAGAGGCUUUGAAAUUUUUACAUGAUAAAGGAUUUCCUUAUGGUCACCUUCAUACUGGUAACAUUGCUAUAGAAGGAAAUGUGUGCAAGUUAUUAGAGAUCGAGAAUGGUUUACUUGGCAUUCCAUCAAUUCACAGAAACAGAUAUGUACCUUACAAGAAGAUAGUGGACAAAGAGUCAGAAGAUGUAUACUGCUUUGCGCAUGUGCUGUAUGAAAUGGCUUUUAGUGAACCUCUCAGGACGUCAACUCUAUCUCAAUURCCUCCCACAUGUCCUAGUGAACUUCGACCGGUUUUAGAGUCUAUUCUCAAUGAAGAAGUACUCAGUAAAAAAGGUCUACCGACUGUCGAAGAGCUCUUAGAAUUACCGUUUUUCAAGUCUGUMAAUCUUCCUCUAACGGAAAAACCAGUCAUGAAGAUUCCCAGCAAAGUAAAAGAAAGCGUUCGAAUGGCAAAGGAAAAAUCUGAACAAAGGCUCAAAGAAGACCAGAAGUUUCUGCGGCAGUUUAGACGGGCAUCUAAGGCGCAUGCGCAUCAUAUGUCAGAAGAAGAGAAAAAGAAGAGAAAGAAGUCUGCGAAAAAGUCUCAUAAGUCAGACUCCUCAGCUCCUGCACCUCAAACAGGCUCUGCUCCAUCAUCACCGCCGCCGACUGUUCGAUCGCAGCCAACAGUCGCACCUGCGGCUCCACCUCCGCCCCAGGCACCCAGGGCGCCUCCACCACCCGCCGCGUCUGCCCAAACCCCUGCGAAAAGCACGUCGCCACCGUCGUCUGCAGGGCGUGGUGCUCUUCUGAGCUCAAUAGCAGGAUUCAGAAAAGGAGGACUGAAGAAGGCCGUAACUGUAGAUAAGAGUGCACCAAAAUUAACGUAAAUUCAUACAUAGUAGAUUAUAGAUUA